AUGGCCGACGCUGAGAAUGCCACCCGUGCGCCUGAGAGCGACGCCCAGGAAAUCCCUGCGGCCAGCGACAACACUCAAGCUCCUAUCCCAGCUGCCGUAGUGGGCGAGCAUUGUGUGUCCGACCGACCAACUCCAUCUGGCCAGUCAUCUACUGGUGAGAUUAUCAAGCUCAACGAUGUCGAUGUCUACAUCUCGAAACCUACCGACUACCCUCAUGCGCCAUCGCGACUCCUUCUCCUCCUGUCCGGCGGUACUGGUAUCAAAUCUACGAACAACCAGAUCCAGGCCGAUAGGUUCGCCUCGGAGGGCUACCUCGUUCUCAUGCCCGAUCUUUUCGAUGGUGACACAGCUCCUGGCGCAACAGCUAUCGCGGACGACUCCACAUCAAUCCUCGAACAAUUCAAGCUCAAGGCUGUCGAGGUCACAAAGUCGUUCCUCAUCGAUAUGUGGCUCGCUCGCGUUACAGACGAGAAGGUUAUGCCCAUCCUCCACAAGGUCAUCGAUGCUGCGAAGGAGCAAUACGCCGAUGCGAUCAAGCAGGGCGACGGUAUCUACGCAGCUGGAUACUGUGUUGGUGCACGAUUUGUGCUUUUGCUCGCUAAGAAGAAAAAUGCCACCGAGGGUGAUGCUGAGAGCGGCGAUGUCAAGAACGGACCAUACAUCAAGGCGGGUGCCUUAGCGCACGCUGCCUCCGUUGUCCCUGAUGACUUCAAGGACAUCAGUGCUCCCAUUAGCUUGGUCUGUGUCGAGAAUGACCCUCUCUUCCCUGAUGAGGUGCGGAUAGGUGGAGAAGAUAGCCUGUCUGACGCCAACGUCGAGCACGAAGUCCAGGUCUAUCCUGGUGUUCCCCACGGAUUCGCUGUCGUUGGCCAGUACCAAGACCCAUCUAUUAAAGAUGCGCAAGCAACUGCCUACGACCAGAUGCUCAACUGGCUCAAAGCUCACUAA